GCAUGCUGCUGUGCUGUUAUUACUAUCUUUGAAGGCCAGCAAAAUAACGGCAUAUUCACUCUCCCAUCUUCUCCAUUUUCAAACGCAUUUUCACACAAAUCCUCCAAAUUGGAUAAAAACAAGCCAUUAUUUCGUUAAUCUGCAUUUCCCAGAUGAAAAACAACCCAUCUAACUCCCCCCACGCUUUCCCCUUCAACCAAAUUCCUCCCCUUUCUCCAUAAAAAUCCAAUCUUUCCGCCAAUUUCAACCCUAAUCCGAUGGUUGCGGCGAAGAUAAUGAGGUGGAGGCCAUGGCCGCCUCUAAUUUCGAGGAAAUUCGAGGUCAGGCUCCGCGUCGGGAGCCUAGAGUGCGGGGAUUGGGCGCAGGACAAAGAUAAUUGUAAUGGUGGGCUCGCGGUUGAGAUCAGGUGGAAAGGGCACAAGCUUUCGCUGGGCUCCUUCAGGAGGAGUGUGAGGAGGAAUUGCACUCGGGAGGAGACGGUGAAGAGGGUCGAUGAGCCAAACGGCGCCGUUUUGGUGGAGUGGGAUGAAGAGUUUCGGAAUGUUUGUAGCCUUUCUGGGCAUAAGGAGAAUGUGUUUCAUCCUUGGGAGAUCAGCUUCAGUGUUUUGCAAGGCCUGACUCAAGGGGCGAAGAACAAGAUAUCAAUUGUCGGUUCAGCGUCCUUGAACCUUGCUGAAUAUGCUUCCAAGACUGAGGAGCACUUUGAAGUCAAGAUUCCUUUAACUGUUUCCGGCAUUCUGGUUGAGAGUCGUCCUAUGCUCUCUUUGUCAUUCAGCUUUCUGGAGCUUAUUGACGUGCAGGAAGCAGCAGUUGUGGUGCCAAGUGCAGUAAUGUCUCCUCCGUCUCCUUCAGUAUCUGGAGAAACUUGUGCUACAGAGAAAGACGAGGUUUCUGCUCUUAAAGCCGGUCUGAGGAAGGUAAAAAUAUUCACAGAGUUCGUUUCGACUCAUAAGGCUAAGAAGGCUUGCCGAGAGGAGGAAGGUAGUGAAGAUACCAAGAGUGAGGAGGGUGAAUAUGCUUACUCUUUCGACUCAGAUUCACUUGAUGAAUAUGAUGAAGGGGAACCUAAUGAAACGAAGGAGGAUUCUUCAGUUAGGAAAUCAUUUAGCUAUGGUACAUUGGCUUUUGCCAACUACGCAGGUGUAUCGUGUUAUUCAAGUGAUAGAAUCAAUAAUGAGGAUUUGAUUUACUACAGCCACCGACGGAAAUCAGAUGUUGGUUGCUCUCAUGUAGAGGAUAUAGCAUCAAACAUCCCCGAGCCGGCAUCAUUUCAGAACUCCAAACGUAGUAUUUUGCCGUGGAGAAAGAGGAAACUGAGUUUCAGAUCUCCUAAAGCUAAAGGAGAACCGUUACUUAAGAAGUCUUAUGGAGAAGAAGGAGGCGAUGAUAUAGACUUUGACCGCAGACAGCUCAGUUCUGAUGAAGGGGCCUCAUUGGGGUGGCAUAGAACUGAUGAAGAGUCGAAUACGAAUCGGACAUCAGUUUCUGAGUUUGGUGAUGAUAGUUUUGCUGUUGGCACGUGGGAGCAGAAAGAAAUAACAAGCCGGGAUGGUCAUCUGAAGAUCCAAACAGAAGUAUUCUUUGCUUCAAUAGAUCAAAGAAGCGAAAGGGCUGCAGGACAAAGCGCUUGCACUGCACUAGUUGCUGUUAUCGCUGAUUGGUUGCACAACAGUCACAACCUCAUGCCCAUCAAGUCACAGUUCGACACAUUAAUCAGAGACGGCUCUCUGGAAUGGAGAAACCUCUGUGAGAAGGAAACGUACAGGGAGAGGUUCCCUGACAAGCACUUUGAUUUGGAGACGGUCAUCCAAGCUCAAAUCCGCCGUCUCUGUGUUGUUCCCGGGAAGUCAUUCGUCGGAUUCUUCCACCCCGAGGAGGGGGAUUUCGAUUUUCUACAUGGCGCUAUGUCGUUUGACAGUAUUUGGGAUGAGAUCACUGCCUGUUCAGCAAGCAAUGGCGAGGCCCCUAUUUUCAUCGUCAGCUGGAACGAUCACUUCUUCAUCCUCAAAGUCGACAGCGAUGCUUACUACAUCAUCGACACAUUAGGGGAGCGACUGCACGAGGGGUGCAACCAGGCUUAUAUACUGAAAUUCGACACGAACACCACUAUCUUCAAACUGCCAGAUACUAGUCAAUCAUCACAAGAAAAACCUGUUUCCGAGCAACUUGUGAACUCCGAAGAAAGUGCCCCAGUGACAGUAGACACAGGGGAAGACCACGGACAGGAAGAGGGCGUCGUUUGUCAAGGUAAAGAGUCGUGCAAAGAAUACAUAAAGAGUUUCUUGGCAGCGAUCCCGAUCAGGGAACUGCAGGCGGAUAUGAAGAAAGGCUUGCCCCUUUCGACACUUCUCCAUCACCGGCUGCAGAUAGAGUUUCACUUCACUCAGGCGGAGGAGCAGUUGGCGUCCUCGUCUCCUGCAAUGGAAGUCGCGACGUGCGCUACCCAAGAAGUCUGCUAGAAAACUGGUAAACUGUGAUUAUGGCUAACUUUAUUUUUCCUUUUUAGAAGCUUAGUUUUGGGAUGAAUUUGGCAGCAAAAGAGCAUCCAUUUCACCAUCUUUGGUCUAGCAUGUAUAAGUGUAACCAUCUUUCUUGUAAAAUCAAGUGUUUCCACAACUUAAUUUGGUUAAGCUAAUGUAGCCUUUUUUGUAGUGCCUAA